CCUGACCUUGAGUCACUAGCACUGGCAUUCCUUUGAAGAGACGAGUCUGAGAUUGGCAGGCACAGCUGUGCCCAGUCGUGGGGGCUGGGGCCAAAUCUGGCUGCCUCUCACAACCAAGGCGUGUGCGGUCUCACUACCAAGCUGGAGUACCUGUAUGUCUGCUAAUCACAGUUCUCGCGCUUGAUGAGCUGCACUUCAGAAGUACAAGUUCCCUUCUGGAAAUUUUUAUACCUCAUUGGUGGUUUCUACAACCUCAGUUGCUGCAAUUCCAUGGAAGCCUGUAAUCUCAACCUUGUUAAGUCAUCUGGGAUUUAAGCUGCAGACUUGCGGUUUUGCAUACACAGGAUUUUAUGAACCUUCUGGGUGACAAGAAGAUGGGUCAGGACCAAACCAAACAGCAGAUCCAAAAAGGACUUCAGCUCUAUCAGUCUAACCAGACAGAAAAGGCUUUACAGGUCUGGACUAAAGUGUUGGAGAAGACCACUGAUGCUGCUGGCAAAUUCCGGGUCCUCGGGUGCCUGAUAACAGCCCACUCUGAGAUGGGAAGGUAUAAGGACAUGUUAAAGUUUGCAGUGAUCCAGAUUGAUACAGCCCGAGAGCUGGAGGACCCAGACUACCUGACGGAGAGCUACCUUAACCUCGCCCGCAGCAACGAGAAGCUGUGUGAGUUUCAGAAGACCAUCUCCUACUGCAAGACUUGCCUGAACAUGCAGGGAACAUCUGUCAGUCUGCAGCUGAAUGGGCAGGUGUCCCUGAGCCUGGGGAAUGCCUACCUCGGUCUCAGCGUGUUUCAGAAAGCCCUGGAAUGCUUUGAGAAGGCUCUCAGAUAUGCUCACAAUAAUGAUGACAAGAUGUUGGAGUGCAGGGUCUGCUGCAGCCUUGGGGGGCUCUACACGCAGCUCAAGGACUUAGAAAAGGCUCUAUUCUUUCCGUGUAAAGCGGCUGAGCUCGUCAACGACUACGGGAAAGGCUGGAGCCUCAAAUACCGAGCAAUGAGCCAGUACCACAUGGCAGUGGCGUACCGCAAGCUGGCUCGAUUAACAGAUGCAAUGGAGUGUUGUGAGGAAUCGAUGAAGAUAGCUUUACAGCAUGGAGACCGCCCUCUACAAGCUCUCUGUCUUCUGUGCUUUGCUGAUAUCCAUAGGAGUCAUGGAGACAUUGAGAAAGCAAUACCUCGAUAUGAUUCGUCCAUGAGCAUCAUGACAGAGAUCGGGAACAGGAUGGGCCAAACCCAAGUGUUGAUGGGAGUUGCUAAAUGUUGGCUGCACCAAAAGGAAAUGGACAAGGCGCUGGAUGGGCUCCAGAAAGCUCAGGAGUUGGCAGAAGAAAUAGGCAAUAAGCUCUGUUUGUUGAAGGUCCACUGCCUAAGUGAGAUUGUCUAUCGGACAAGGCAGCAACAACGUGAACUCCGAGCACAUGUUGUCCGAUUCCAUGAGUGUGUGGAGGAGAUGGAGUUGUAUUGUGGGAUGUGUGGAGAGUCCAUUGGAGAAAAGAACUGCCAGCUUCAGGCAUUGCCCUGCUCCCACGUCUUCCACCUCCGGUGUCUCCAAACCAACGGAUCUCGUGGUUGUCCUAAUUGCAGACGCUCUUCUGUGAAACCCGGUUUUGUGUGAUCGACAGGUGCACUGGGUGGAAGCUAUAGUAUAUUGCCCUGUAUUCCAGGACCAUUUGGGAAAGGAGCAGCUGGACAAAUGUUCCCAUUGGCAGCCUUGGUCUCUAGGCGUGUGUGGUCUUCGGAAUAAGACACUGGGUGCUUGCUGCAGCUGACAUGCCUCUGUCAUACGUGACACGUACGUGACAUGUGAAGUGGUCGGAUGCACUGCAACAUGUAUGAGCAGGGCUAGUUUUUUUUUCAUUUCAUUUUUUUAAGUCUAUUUUAUACUUCAAGGCAGUCUAAUAACAGUAACUUCUGGAAUGACAAAGCGCUUGAUUAGAUUUUUAUAAACUCUGCUUUCCAAAUGCAAAAAGUCUUCUAUAUCUGUGGCUUAGCUAGUCCAUGGUUUUCCUAUUGCUGUUGAACUACAAGUCCCAGCAUCAGGUGCAUGGAAAACCAGCCUAGUUUAUAUGUUAUGACUGGUAUAAUAUUUAUCUCUGUUUAAACUACCCCAUUUCUUAGUGUUGUCUUCCAGUGACACGAUCAUCUACUGCCCUCUAAUGUGUGGUCGUUGCAGUAAACUGCCUCCAUUUUCUAACAUUUAUAUGUUACAACAAUGUUAUCCUACAGUAUAUACAUAAUGGAUCAAUAUGGACUCUUCCCUGUGCCACUCCCAGAAAGGAAUUACAGUCUGGUCAACCAAGUGACCACAUUUCUACGGAACCUGAAAUGGACAGAACUGAUUUUCUCAUCUGUUUUAUUCCAUGCUACUAUGGGGAUUGUAGACAUUAUACCUGUUUGUUGUCCUCGCAAGCAUUACUGUGAGGCUGUUCCGUGUGUCCAGAUCUCUUGCAAAGAGACCUUACUUUCAAUGAACCUACCUCCCUCUGUAAAUACAGUACGACUUGUUUUGUUUUGUUGUUUCUGUAUAAAAGCAGCACUCCACGCCUGCA